UAUCACUUUGUUUGUUCAGUGUUCUAAAUACAUCUUGAUUGAUUUUGACUGACCAGCAAGAAAUGCUCCCAUAAAACAUGGCGGACAAGUUUGAGAAUCUUGAACAAAAUUUGGAAUUGUUUAUUGAAAAUACACGACAAAUUGGAAUAACUGUGAGUGAUUUCCAACCCCAGGGACAAAGCGUACUUAACCAGAAACUGCAAGGAAUGAUCGCAGGUCUACAAGACAUCGACAAAUUGAAAAACCAAGUCCAAGACGUUCAGGUCCCCCUAGAAGUAUUUGAGUAUAUAGAUCAAGGCAAGAAUCCCCAAUUGUACACCAAGGAUUGUAUGGAAAAAGCUCUAUCUAAGAAUGAAUCGGUCAAAGGCAAAAUAGAUGGUUUUAAGAAAUUCAAAGUUCUCCUGAUCUUAGAGCUCAGCAAAACAUUCCCGAAUGAAAUGGCAAAAUACAGAGCUGUUCGUGGUGACGAUAGAUUGGUGUAAUGCUUAGCAGAUUAACGUACUGGGUGAUAGAUAUCAGAUAAGCGUAAUUGAUAACAGACUAGGGUCCUGUUUCUUAUAGCAGAGAAGUGUACUGGAUAACAGACUUAAGAAAAAGUUGACAGAUGAGCUAGCGUGAUAGCUGACAAAAAAGCGUAAUAGAAGACAUUAUUGCAAAGUAAAGCAAUUAUAUUUAUAUUUGACUAAAGUGAGACCUUAGAUGUAAAACACAAAAGAUAGGUGAAUCUAAACAAAACAAAUAUCCUCACCAUUGAAAGAUGGCAGCACAAGACAUUGAGGAAGAUGAAAUGUACCUCACGGUUGAACUCUCAGGGGUCAUGGGCCGUGAUUGGUUGAAACCAGAUCUAUUAGAACAGUUCAAGGUCAUUGG